UCUAUUGCCAAGAAAGUCCCUUUAUCAAUUUAAUGAUACCCCUGCAGGAUUUCAGAAGAAAGGAGGAUAAUGGGUUGAGUUUUGCUCAAGUGGAAGACUGAUUUUAGUUUUGAAGAUUUGCUAUCAUGCAAAGUGCCUAAUCUUGGAUGCAGACAAACAGGGAGCUUAUUCUCAGCCUUCAGCAGUGCACUGUGGGAACAUUUAUCUGCAUCGACCACAGCCCUGUGAACUCUCUGCGGACAGAUCAUGAGAAGUUUCUCCAUCGUCUUUGUGCAAUGUCUCAAAAAUCCCUCUGUUUACCCUCCUCCCCUUCGAAUCCCCUCCCUUCACACUAUUUUUUUUUUUGCUUCACUUUUCGUCUGAGUUACGUUCCUCUCUUGUUUGUGCUGGAUGGACAUCACAUAUUUUCGUCCACCCACUYCUCUCCCACCAACCCAACUUUUCUAAUUGGAUUUCAUUUCCUUUCAGUUGUUUUUUCCUUUUUUCUUUUGUUCUUGCCAGCCAAAUGCUCAGGAUCAGAGGGACAAACUUUUCAGAGGUUUUCUUCUGACACACAAACUUCAUCAUCAUUAUCAUCAUUGACAGCAUCUUGCAAAGACUUCUCUGCGUCUUGCCUCGACCCAGCCAUGACCUGCAUCAGGCUAUUGCCUCUCUUUCCCUCCAUCAUCAUCCUACAUGUCCAUUUUUCCACCCAGUUGGAGGACAACAAGAUCCCCCCCAGUCUGUGUACUGGCCACCCUGGUAUCCCGGGCUCUCCGGGGGUUCAUGGGAGUCCUGGUCAGCCAGGUAGAGAUGGAAGAGACGGGAGGGAUGCAGCUCCAGGGGAGAAAGGACAGAAGGGAGACAGGGGAGAGUCAGGUGAAACUGGAGUGCGAGGUCUGACUGGAGACAAAGGCUACGCUGGAGAAAAGGGGGAGAAGGGCCAGCCUGGUGAAUGUGCGGUGGCUCCUAAAUCUGCCUUCAGUGUCAAACUGUCACAGAGCCUGACUACCGCCCUCACCGUGGGCGAUGCAGUCCGUUUCGACACCGUCCUGAUCAACGAACAGGGUGACUACAACUCAGAAACUGGACGCUUCACCUGCAAGGUCCCUGGCAUGUAUUACUUCGCCGUCCAUGCCACAGUGUACCGGGCCAGCCUGCAGUUUGACCUGAUGAAGAACGGGCACGCCGUGGCCUCUUAUUUUCAGUUUUACGGCAACUGGCCCAAACCGGCCUCUCUGUCCGGCGGCUCCCUGCUUCACCUGGUCCCCGGAGAUCAGGUGUGGAUUCAGAUGGCCCUCUCGGAGUACAACGGCUUUUACGCCAGCACCAAAACGGACAGCACCUUCACCGGCUUCCUGGUCUACUCUGACUGGAAAAACUCUGCUGUUUUUGCAUGACAUUUUUUAAAAACCUGACCUGCUGUGGAAAAUAAAUCACACUUUCUUUUUAUUGUUUUCUAACUAAGAAACUCUGGAAAAAAUAUAUAUAAAGGAGGAAGUGAGCUGGUUGUGACUUGGUACAGCUGCGUUGUACCAUGAGCUCCAUCAGGGUUGUUUGUUCUGGACGCCUUCUUUACUUUCAGCUUUUAAACUUUUGUGACAGUUAAUUCCUGCGACAGAUGCUGCAACACAGGAUUAAGGCAAGAUCCAGGCCGCAAAUUCAAAUAGCUUCCAUGCCAUCAUUGCUCUGCGUUUCCUAUUAAUGACUCGGUUCUAAAGAAGUUUCGGCUACUUAUUUUUAGCUCUUGCAUGAUUUUAAAAGGAGAGAGUCAACAAUCAGAGUGGUAUUUGUUUUCUAACCCUAACACAAUGUUAGAACUAAAUGGAAUUUUGAAUUGGAAAAUGACACAAGUUUAGUUUUGUUUCAAAUAUCCAAAAUAAACUUGCAUGAAAUGGGAUGAAAAGGCUGUUUUGUAGGAGACGCCAUUUUCUUUUCUUUUUUUUUUUUUUGUUUCGUUCACUUUCAUAAAGUUGUUGCCUUUGUCAGUGUAUUUAUUUGUCUGUCUGUUAGCAAAAUAUCUCAUAAAUCACUGAACAGAUUUUAAUUAAGCUUUCAGACAGUAAUCACAGGAUGUGGGUCCCGAAGCUCGGUUGCUUUUACUUUGAAGGUCAGAAACGUUUGGAGACAGUUGAUGAAAACCAGGAUUUACGUUUCAGCAGAUAUUCCUUUUACAAAACCAUGCAUCCAUUUUGAUCCAAAACUUCGCUCGCUGCAAUUAAAAUGUUCUUUUUAAACUAAUUUUUUCACAAGACUGAAUGAACUAAAGUUUAUGUGUUUUGGUGACAUAGAAAAGUUCGUAGAUGUGACCAAACUGUUUAUAAUGUUUUUUGUUUUCAUCUCUCAAAGCUUUCAAAAUAAAAGCAGAA